AUGCCUGUCAAGAGCGUCUCACAAAAACGUCGCGAAACCGUCGAACAGACGGACAAACCGGAGAAUGUUUGGCAUGACAAGGCUUCCAACGCGCUGGAACGGGCCAAGAUGCACUUUGAUUCUUCAUGUACCAUCGUCCGGAAUCAAGCAAAGAUCAUUUUCGACAAAAUGGAUCACUUGAGCGGACAUUCUUCGGCUGGUUACGCUGCAGUUGCGGUGAUAAAAAUUCUCGCCAUAUUUUUCUUGAUUAUUGUUGUGGUCGAGUGCAUAUUUCAUUUUCGAUCUUAUUUCUGGUUGUUGUGCGGAUAUAUGUGUUCUCUCUUAUAUUUCGCUGUGGUGAUAGUAGUGCGAGGCGCUAACAUGACAUUGGUGAGCGCAUGGGCUAUUUUUAAGUACGUCUUCUUCUCCAUCGGGAAAAUGCUUUUGGCAUCGACAAGAAUUUCCAUAUAUUACUUAAGGUCCUCCAUGAUAUUCGCUUUAAAUGGCCCGGUUACUAUUGAGAUUCCCACACGAUGGACCUUGAAUUUGAGCAUCGACUGGAGAAGUUUUUUCGAGCUGCUUUGUUUGUAUGGAGCAGUGAGAAUGGUGUACUUUUGGAUCAAAUAUGGCACAAGAAGUUUAAGUCACAAGCCGGUUUCCAGCGCUGUUAAAGAGGCCAAAAGGCAUUUUUAUACUGUGUCAACCAUCUGCACUAAUCACGCAAAGAUUAUUCAUGAUAAACUUGAUCGUUUGAGCCAACAUUCACUCGCUGGUUUAGCAGCGACAGCGGCCAUAAAAAUUUGUGUCAUGUUUGUUGUGACGGCCGUUGUUGUCAAGUGCGUGUGGAUAAUGCUAGGAUAUCUUUCUACUAGAUCAAUCCAGCUCUUGUAUGAUGCAGCGAUGUUUAUUAUUAAAGGCAAGAGAAUGCUCAUGAAUCAUAUGAGUGCCUCCUUUGAGAAUCUCUUGAUUUCCUUCUGGAAAACUUAUAAGGGAUCAACUAUAGCUAACUUUUCAUGUUACCUUAUUAGUAUUAUGCAAAUUUGCAUUAUGUGUGGUGCACUGAUUACUCUUUGCUCAAAGACCUUGAACAAAUAUAGAGGAACAAUUCAGCAAGCCGUCAGUUUCUGGAAUGGUUUCUAUCACAGUGCUGCUACUCGGGCCAAGAAAUGCCUGUGUUCUUUAUUUACCGCCGUCAAUAUCCAAUCAAGGCUAAUUCAAAUCAAAAUUGAUCGUUUGAUCGGACAUUCGUCGGCUAUUAACGCGAUAGUAAAGGUGAUCAAAACUGUAGCUAUUUUGUUUAUGUUACGAUCUUUCAAUUACUUCCUUCACUUGGUUGUGGCAUACAUCAUCAGAGUUCCAAGCAUAAUCUGGGAAAAUGUGGUUGCUAUUUUAGAAUAUGUUCGAAAUGCUAACUCGGAGAUCUUCCUUGCACUCACCAGACUUGCCUUUAAGUGCCUAACAUCGAUUUCUUCGCUUUCUUCGAAUUGCUGCACUGUUACAUAUUACCAAAUAAAUUUGAUCUCGAACUCUGUCGUCAGUUUAACAAACAGUUGGAAUGGUAUUUUACUGGUAUGCUUCUUGUUUGGGGUACUGAUGCUGGUGUUACUCCUCAGAGCUACAGCUUUUACUAGCAACUUGUUAGGAGCUGGUUGCAAGUCCACGCCUUACUGUUGGCAGUUCAAAGAGAAAGAUUCUUAUUCGUGGAGAAGUUUUGGCUCUUCCGACAAUGUGGCUUUGGAAGAGCUUUAUUGUGACGUGGAUAAUCUAGAAGUUAAAGUGAACCUUAAAGAUACUGCAUCAAGUGUUGUUGUGACACCAUCAUCGCAGAUGUCAGUUAAUUUCGAGGAGAUGUCCAUGCACUCACCCCUCUCUACCCGGUUAUUGCUCCGUCGAUGCUCGACACCAUCUUACAUACAGGAGCCGAACAACAAGUCAUCCACAUUGUGGGUUUGGUAUUGGAAAGACAACGAUGGUUGGAAGAAAUACACUGAAACGAAACAGUCUUCUGGGAUUAAGCAAGAGAAGAUAGAGGCUGCCUAUUUGAAUAAAGAUCGUAUUUAUUCCUUUCGAAACGGUUCUCACAAUUACAUCGUCAAAUUCUACGAAACACCUAUGUACCAAAUGAAUACGGACCCACAUUUCCCUACCAAGCGACAAGUUAGAAGGAGACCAUUGUUUGUUUCAAAAUCAGUACCUGAGAACACAAAUAGGUAUCAUACGGGCAAGGCUAAAGAUUUUGAACGAAGGCGUUUGAGAAAGCACUGCAAAGAAUACCGAACUGUAAGUCAACGUUUUCAUGAAACAUUGCCGGAACUCAAGGCCUCCAUAUUGAUGGUGGAAGAAAUUCGGAAUGACGAGUUACGCGAGAGAUACGAAAGUAAGCGCGAACGAAUUCAAAGGAAACUAACACUUACAGGGUACGAUGAGAUCGAAAAGUUGCUUUUCCAUGGUACAACACCAGAUGUUGUUGAUGCAAUCUGCAAACAUAACUUUGACCACAGAUUGCGAGGGAAGAACGGGACACAGUAUGGAGAAGGAAGCUACUUUGCUGUGGAUGCCUCCUACAGUAAUAACUACAGUAGUGAUGAUGGCGAGAAGACGAGAUACAUGUUUCUGGCAAGUGUGUUAACAGGGGAAUCAAAGCUUGGACGCAGAAACUUUCGUCGACCGCCUCUAAAAGAUCCAAGCAAUCCUACUAGCGAUUUGUAUGAUUCUUGUGUUGACGACGAAAAUCGACCAAAGAUCUUUGUAAUUUUUAAUGACGAACAGUGCUAUCCUUCUUAUUUGAUUAAAUAUCACUUGAAAUAGGUUUAUUUUUCGAGGCCAUAUGCAUCACAAUGGUAAACAUUCAGGAACAAGCGCUUUCAAUAAUCCUAUCAGUUGCAGGGAGAUCACGAAAUGAAACCUCAUUAAGUAAAGGGAAAAAUAGAUUAAAAAAAAAGAUACAAUGACAAACGGAAUUUACUACAGAGUGCUAUAGUUUGAUAGGCCGUAAAAUUUUCACAACGUAUAGCGUGAA